UCUUCAUCUUCAGAGGAAAGUUUUGUUUUAAAAACAGUUAUUUGUUGUUAAAUCUUUCCAUAGAUGGAACGUUUUCAGACAAUUAUCGUCAUUACAACACAUCUGAUGAUGAUGCUACUGAGUUCACCAGCAUCAGCAGCAGCAGACAGUUUCACCGCUUCAAAUGCCGCAUCCUCAAAGUACCAGAUCGAGUGCACCAUGUGUUCCUCGUGCGAAAAUCCAUGUCAGCAAGUCCCGUCGAAGCUGCCGCCAUCUCCACCGUCUCCUCCUCCUCCUUCUCCUCCUGCGGUUCCCAACCCCAACUAUUGUCCACCGCCACCUUCUCCACCCAGUUCUAGCGGAGGUGGAAACUACUACUAUUCUCCCCCUCCGCCAUCCCAAUCCAGCGGCGGAAACAAUUACUACGCUCCACCUCCACCAAGUGGCGGCGGCAUCGGCGGCAUGUAUUUCCCUCCGCCGACGUACAAAAACUACCAUACGCCGCCUCCUCCGAAUCCUAUCGUCCCUUACUUCCCUUUCUACUACCACAUUCCGCCGCCGCCGUCGGGAUCUCAGAAUUUGUCGGCCUAUUGGAUUUCUAGCUUCAUUUCUAUUCUGGGUCUUUUCCUUUGUUUCUUUUAGAUAUUAAAAGCUAGAUGGAAAAUAACGUGGCAAAUUCACAGAUCUGGGGAAAA